AUGGCCAUACCAUCCGGCUUUGGAAUGUCCGAUGACAUUUCAAGGCUCUCUCUCGAGCAAGGGCGUGAGCCCCCGCCGCCCCCGCCGCCCAAAAUCUCAAGUGAAGGCAUCGUCGCCUUUGAUAUCACUUCAAAAUUCACUGCAGCCGCCGAGAAAUUGUCGCCCGGUGAGCUGGUGAAGGAUGGCUUCUUCACACUGUUUGAGUCCGUCGGGGCUCUGGAAAUUAUGGACCCGAAAAUGGACAGCGGCUGCCUCCAAGCCGGGGAAUCUCUCGACGCUGACUACGACGUAUCGCGCCCCCUUCUCCCUGAGGAGGUCCUUGGCAUAAUCGACCAGCUCAUCUGUCAUGAAAUGGCCUGGCAUAUCGGAUAUCCGUUAUCGCAGACUGUGUUUACAAGCGUGUAUGUUGAGUCGAUUCUCAUGCCCAACCCGACCACCAUCGACGACGCCCACUUCAUCAGGAACGCCAACGGGAAGCCGCCGUCACCGAUGCAUGCCGUCCUGAGGGCAUAUUGCCUGGGACUGCUUAAAACAUGCGGCAACGUCAAUGAAAGGAUAAAGAACGAACAUUAUUACGAGGAGGAAGACUUUGUCACGAAUACGUACAACAGGAUCCUGCUCGAUGACUUCAGCGUGGAAUCUGUAAGAGAAGUCUUAAAAGACGCCAGUUUUAUUCUUCGCCAGCUCUCGGGCUCGGUUUCUAAGGAGAUCAUCGAGGCACUGGAUGCGAGACUACUCCUUCGGUAUACGUUCCUCGCGGCGAUCGACCACACGCAAUAUCGGACCGACCCCGAUCGCAUCAGAAGCCCGUGGAAGGAGGCCUACGAUAUGCUGCCGGGCAUCAAGAGUAGCCAUGCUCUCGGCAAGCCUGUUUCUGAGGCCUUUAGUGCCAAGAUUCAGCGCAAACUCGCAAGCACGAUGCCACCGCGGCCCAUUGUCCAGACCAGCUUUGAAGAUGCUCUAGCGAAUCUGACGAGGAUGAUCGGCGAUGGAGUAGAGGUUGUCGGCGUCCUCAACUACACCGACUCCAUUUGUCUUCAGACCUACGUAUCAACCUUCCAGGCCAAAAAGCCCCAGCCCCUAAUUUUCGUCCGCACCCUCCUCCAGAGUUUCCUCUUUAAAGACAUGGAAGUCCUCGGCCACAAGAGCAUCCGCCAGCUUCUCGACGACGAUUUUUCCAUCGUCUCACUCCCCAACAGCCUCCUCCUCGACCGGGCCAAUGAUGAAAUCGAAGCGACACACGACCCACGUUUCACCAUCGCCGAGCAGAUGGAGUCCUUCCGCCAGCGUGCGGCCCAGCCCUAUCUCGAUAUCCUCCGCACCUUCUGCCAGAACCGCUGCCGCGUCCGCCGCACGCUCUGCCACAUCGUCCGGGACUGGGAGAACCUCCAAUUCGACGCCGAGGACAUUGACCAAAUCAUUCAGCAUCAGAUCAGUGAGCAGCCCGUCGUCUAUGAGUCCGCCUCGGGCCCCAUCGAGACGUACUCUCUCCCACUGUCAUCGUGGGCGUAUCUGUACAAGGUCAAGCAGAUGGAGUGGAUCGUCCAGCUCGGCUUCGAACUCGAAGUCUACCAGCCAGACGAGCUGGCCGGCAUGUACUGGUACCUCAACUUCCUCGCCAAGAAUCGCCUGCAGCAUGUAGAGCGCAUCAAGACGUUCGUCGUCAGGAGCCUUAGGCAGGCCCAGUCGAGCAGGCAGCGACUCGCGCCGGCGGUGGAGGCGCAGUACACCAAAUCCCUGGCCUUUAUCCGCCUCACACUCCUCGACGCCGCCGUGACGGAGGGACUUGCCGACGCGCUCUGCUGUCUGUACACCGCCCUCCACCGUUUUGGUCUACUUAAGCCGCCUCCACGCCCCUACAGCACCGACGAGCUCCGCUACGAGCUGCGGAUGAAGCCGUUCGCCGUCAUCGGGCUGCCCUCCCUGCCGACGUUCGAGGAAUUCACCAUCGGAACGCAGCAAUCGGACGCCUCGACGAGCGACUUGCUCGCGCUGGCUGAUAGGGCCCUUGCGGGCGCGAAAAAGGGUUUCGAGGUGAUGAGCAAGUUCCCGGAAACAGAGUCCUUCUCAGUAGGAUCACAUGAUCGGUGGGUGCCGACGAUGAAGAACGGACUGAAGUCGUGCAUUGCCACGGGGCUGGCGGUGUCGGUUAUCCGAAAGGCGCUAGAGAAGUCGGGCGAAGGCGGGGACCUCAAGCUCAAGGCCGAGGUGCCGACUCCUGAUAAGUCGUAUCACGAGUGGUGGAUCGUUCCAAAAGUCAUGCCGGUUCGGUAA